AUGACGCUCGAAGACUUCGAGAAGGAUCUAGCUGCAAGCAAAAGCCAGGAUCGCAGCACCAAACAUGAGCACAAGGAUCGUCAGAAAGCCCGAUCCGAGCACAGACACCGUCACCGACACCAUCAAUCAUCAAGGCGCAGGGACCCUGGGCAUGACGAAGGAGAUGAACACAGACGUAAAAGAAGGAGGCGGUCACACGAUGGCGAUGGAGAUGAUCAUAGGCGACGGCAUACUCAUGAGCACCGGCAUCAUACGCGAGAGGCUUUGGGUCGGAAUCGAGAUUCUCCGCCGGAAGGGACAACACCAUCACCAACCAAUGAGUUAAAGCGCGACUCAUGGAUGGAAGCGCCCACGGCGCUCGAUAUCGACUAUGUCCAGAGCCGCAAGCCACCGCCAUCUCCUCCGAAGCCGACCUCGCUGGGCACCGGUUUUGAACUCAAAAUUCAUGAGAAGGAGCUGAAUCAUCAUUUGCGAGAUCUACAUAAUACCACACCACAGGGUGACGCUCCGGAAGAACCUACCCAGCAUGAAGUCAGCUACACCUUUGGCGAUGCUGGAUCGCAAUGGCGGAUGACCAAGUUGAAGCAAACCUAUCGGCAAGCAGAUGAUUCAGGGCGAACAGUCAAGGAUGUUGCGCUAGAGCGCUAUGGUGACCUUCGGGAAUUUGACGACGCUCGAGAAGAAGAAAUUGAGCUGGAGCGGCGUCGAACAUAUGGAGCCGACUACGUUGGCAAGGAAAAGCCAAGCGGGGAGUUGUUCCGGGAGAGGAAGAUGGCUGAAGGCAUCAGACGGUCUCCAGAACCAAAGGUUCCAAGGAACGGCAGCCAACCACCAGAACAAGGCACAGUAUCGCCAACGGGCAAGCCGCAAACACACACCGAACCUCUGAGCCAGACGUCACUCAACAAGCUGAAAGCUCAACUCCUCAAAGCCCAAUUGCGAAAAGACCCUCAAGCCGCAAAGCUUGAAGAAGAAUGCAACCUUGCAGUAGCUACAAACAACCGCCGCGGCCGUGAACGGGGCCAGCUCGAAGAAAACGAGGACAUGACCAUCGAGGACAUGGUACGCGAAGAGCGCCGGACACGCCACCAAACCGGAGGCGAAAGCCAGCGCUUCGCCGAACGCAUCGCCAAGGACGGCGGAUACUCGAACGAGCUCGAAUACAUGGACGACAACGCCAGCAAGCUCGCCAAACGCGUGCAAAAAUCCGAACUCAACCUCCGCAACACCACCAUCUCGGAAUUCCAAAAGAUGAACCGCAUUCUCGACACCUGCCCGCUCUGCCACCACGAAGACACGCACACGCCACCCCUCGCCCCCGUCGUGUCCCUGGCCACACGCACCUACAUUACCCUGCCCACCGAGCCCGAAGUCUCACCCGGAGGCGCAUGCAUCAUCCCCAUCCAGCACCGCACCAACCUCCUAGAAUGCGACGACGACGAAUGGGAAGAGAUGCGCAACUUCAUGAAAUCCCUCACGCGCCUCUACCACGACCGGGGGUGGGAUGUCAUCUUCUACGAAAACGCGGCGCACGCGCAGCAGCGCAAACGCCACGCGAGCAUGGAGGCGGUGCCGUUGCCGCGGAGCGCGGGCGCGACGGCGCCGGCCUUCUUCCGCGAGGCGUUGCUGAGCAGCGAGGCCGAGUGGUCCCAGCACCGGAAGAUCAUCGAUACGCUGAAGCGGAGUCGCGACGGGUUGGGGAAGCUGGCUUUCCGGCGCAGCUUGGUCAAGGAGAUGCCGUAUUUUCAUGUGUGGUUUGAGUUGGACGGCGGCAUGGGCCACGUGGUGGAGGAUCCGGCCAAGUGGCCCAAGGGGGAUCUGUUCGCGAGGGAGGUGGUCGCCGGCAUGGUGGAUGCGGAUCCCGCGGUGGUGAGGAGGCAGGGGAGGUGGAGUAGGGAGGAUGGGAGGGUGGAGGGGUUCAAGAAGAGGUGGAGGAGGUUUGAUUGGACGAGGGUUUUGGUGGAGGCGUGA